AUGCAGCUCUCUCUAGCCCUGUGUCUUGUCUGCCUACUGGUGCAUGAAGCCUUCCGUGCUGUGGAGGGCCAGGGAUGGCAAGCCUUCAAGAACGAUGCCACAGAAAUCAUCCCUGAGCUGGGAGAGUACCCUGAGCCCCCACCAGAACUGGAGAACAACAAGACCAUGAACCGGGCGGAGAAUGGAGGGAGGCCUCCCCAUCACCCCUAUGAGGCCAAAGACGUGUCGGAAUACAGCUGCCGCGAGUUGCACUUCACCCGCUACGUGGCCGACGGGCCGUGCCGCAGCGCCAAGCCGGUCACCGAGCUGGUGUGCUCCGGCCAGUGCGGCCCGACGCGCCUGCUGCCCAACUCCAUCGGCCGUGGGAAGUGGUGGCGCCCCAGCGGGCCCGACUUCCGCUGCAUCCCCGACCGCUACCGCGCACAGCGCGUGCAGAUGCUGUGUCCCGGCGGCGCCGCACCGCGCGCGCGCAAGGUGCGCCUGGUGGCUUCGUGCAAGUGCAAGCGCCUCACCCGCUUCCACAACCAGUCGGAGCUCAAGGACUUCGGGCCAGAGACAGCGCGGCCGCAGAAGGGCCGUAAACCACGGCCUCGCACCCGCGGUGCCAAAGCCAACCAGGCGGAGCUGGAGAACGCCUACUAGAGCCUCCGCAGCCCGCGCCGCCACCCCAAACGCCUGAUCCUGCCCCUGCACCUGGCUUGACUGCAUUUUCAUUUUAAAGGUGUGCAACCCAGGCCAGG